GGCAGUUGGCAACUGUUGCCCUUGGAGUCAACGCCAUAACUACGGAAGCUGCAACGGCUUGGUAACCUGUCAACAAAAAGGGACUGGGCGUUGGUUCGAUGGAAGCGCAGGGCUUCAUGCCUGACAUGCAGCCACUGAACCCCGGACGUGUCCAGCAGAACUCUCCCGUCCACCAGGCAUCCCAGCAGCAGGCCAUGCAGUCCCCCGUCUCCCAGUCCUCCCAGGUCACCCAGGCACAGGUGGUUGUGGCAGCCGCCAACCAGCAGGUGGUGCCUUCCUCGUCGCCCGCCGAAACGAGUCCCCAGACGACCGUGGUGCAGGUGUCGUCGUCGAACGGGGCGCCCCAGUUUAUCGCCGUCGCUGUUGCGGACCCGGACAGUCAGACGGGGGGCACCGUCACCUUGCAGCCGACGCCCACGGUGCACCCGACGUACGUCCAGUACGUCGACGGCACGGGCGACCCCAACCUCUACACCACGACGAAUGGACAGAUGGCUGGGUACCCAGUCUACAGUGUGACGGACGGGGGCACCAUGUACACACCGGGCAACGGCGCCUACUACAGCACCGCCAGCGGUACUGCGGUCACUUACUCUCAGACUCUGGAAGUGGCGGAGGUUUCCUUUCUAAGCUCGAAAACAGACGAUCAGCGCAAAGUGGCGGACCUCAUGUCCGCGUACCCGGGAGACCAGUGCGUGGUUCAGACUCUCCACGAGACGUCUCCACUGCCGACGACGCCCGUCACCACCUCGGCGGCGUCCAGCACAGCGCAGGGAUCACCCUCGUCAGGAAGUCAGCAUCAGAACAUUAGGGACAUGGACAUUAUCCAUGUGCAGUGGCUGAUUGACAACUACGAGACGGCCGAGGGGGUGUCCCUGCCCAGGAGCACUCUGUACAACCACUACCUGCGGCACUGCGGGGAACACAAGCUGGAACCCGUCAAUGCCGCUUCGUUCGGGAAGCUCAUACGCUCCGUCUUUCUCGGGCUGAGGACACGCCGUCUAGGCACCAGAGGCAAUUCCAAGUACCACUACUACGGUAUCCGAGUGAAGCCCAACUCCCCACUCAACCAGAUCUCGGAGGAAGUAACGACCACCGCCCUGCGACAGCAGUCGGCCACCCAAGCCAAGAGGUUCCGGCUGGGCGGCAAGACGACAGAGAACCACGACUCCGGCACUGCCACGCCGGGAAGUGCGCAAACGCCCGAUUCGUCGAGUGGCGGAGGGGCGGCAGCCACGGUUGCCGUGGCAACGCCGGUGGCAGCCACGCAACCGUCUGCGGCCGCGCAGCAGCACCACCAGUACCUCGGUGACGCGUCGUCUGCUAUUCCGCCGCUCGGCGAAGUCGAAUUUGGAAGCAGCCCCCUGCCGGAUGGGAUUGGCAUGAAGGACGUGGACAACUUCAAGCGGAUCUACCGAGACCACUGCGAGUCAUUCCUGGAUGCCGUGAUGAACCUGCACUUCUCGGCCAUCGAGUCCCUCUGGCAAUCCCUGUGGCGGGUGCAGGGGGCUGAGUGCGGGGACCAAGAAAAGUUGCUGAGCAAGUCGAGCCUGUUUGUGUUGUGCAAGUGCGAGCCGAUCCAGAAAUUUGUGCAGCGAGCAGACUACCAGUUCUACCAGAACUUGGUGGAUGUGCUCAUACCAGACGUCCUACGACCCAUCCCCAGUUCCCUUACCCAGGCCAUCAGAAACUUUGCAAAGAGCCUGGAAGGUUGGCUUACGUCGGCGAUGCAGGGUGUACCUGAGGACAUGGUGAAGGUGAAGAUAGGAGCAGUGAGUGCCUUUGCCCAAACACUGAGGAGGUACACGUCGCUGAACCACCUGGCCCAGGCAGCGCGCGCCGUCCUCCAGAACUCCUCCCAGAUCAACCAGAUGCUGGCUGACCUGAACCGGGUGGACUUCCACAACGUCCAGGAACAGGCAUCGUGGGUGUGCCAGUGUGAGGAUGGACUAGUCCAGCGCUUGGAACAAGACUUCAAGGACACGCUCCAGCAGCAGACCUCCUUGGAGCAGUGGGCUGCCUGGCUGGACGGCGUGGUCUCCCUGGUUCUGGAGCCUUUCCAAGGGAAGGCGGACUUCCCCAAGGCUGCGCGCCAGUUUCUCCUCAAGUGGUCCUUCUACAGCUCGAUGGUGAUCCGAGACCUGACGUUACGGAGUGCAGCCAGCUUUGGGUCGUUCCACCUGAUCCGUCUGCUGUACGACGAGUACAUGUUCUACCUCAUUGAGCACAAGGUGUCCAAGGCCACUGGGAAGACCCCCAUCGCAGUCAUGGGAGAGUUUCUCGGACUGGGCGCCAAGACACCCACAUGCGAUGGCACCAGCCCGAACUCUUCCCUCCUGGAGAACGGCUCGUCUAGCGACAGCAGCUGUGCCUCGAGAACAGCCGCGGGCUACGGCAUGGUCCUCUCCAACGGAUGGCCCGCCGGGCUCGUCGGCCAACCGCAGAUGUCCGACGCGGAGCCGACGGCGUCACCUCCCAAGAAGCUAAAGGCAGUCUAAGGCCGCAGCACUUUCGCAACGAAGCUCCAGUGUAGCAGCAAGCGUUGCGCCAAGUGCCACCGCCAGUUCGCCUCGUCAUCGCGGGAAGGGAGGCGUUGCUGCGGCCAUCGUACUCUCAACGACACCGCAACAAACGAUUCUUUUUUGAGAACGUUUUGGUGGGCACUUUGCGGACGUCGCACCAGAGGGGGACAUGGCUGCCGCACUCACGUUGAACUACAUCUCGCGUUUACGGCAACGCCUCAUUUGGCGUCGAAGCCAGCGUUGCACAACGAUGCAACCUGGAACGCUGUCCACGUUGAGGGAACUGUGCCUCCGGCGUUGCACGUCGUCGGGGUGUCGAGGCUAGUCUUGUCCGUCGGCGAACGACGGUCGCCACUUCGUCUCGUUUGCGGUCGGCGCUUUGCGGCAGAGGGGAGGAACGUCGCACAGUCUGCCUUAUAUGUAUUAACAAGCUUUGCAGCGGGUUCCGAGGAAGCGAAGCCUUGGAGGGCCACGACGUCACCCAUCUUCGCUUCGGAGAGCUUAGUUCGCCCGGAAUGUGCAACUAGAGUUGAAGGGAAUGAGAACGGUGCCUCUUUUAAAUCGAAAGAUGCCCCAGUUUCUGGCUUCUAAGGUGAAUUUGUCACUUGCGAGCGUGGGUUCUUGCCUUUCCUGUGUCCGUCGAAGCUUUUGGGGACAGUAUUAGAGGUAACGACGUCCCGUGUCGGGGGGUGCCAUUUUGCGAUGCCGCUUGCUCGUUUGUUCAUAUGUACACAAGCUUUCCGCCGUUUGUGAAUAGGCCGCACACUUCACGGUGGGAAUCGGCGUUUCGGUGCGGUCGCGACUUAUUACGGGAAAAGUGCCAUCAAGAGUUCCGUCGAGUUUUUGUUUGUUCUUUUUAUUGUUUUAUGGUGCAAAACGUUGGGGAACGUUUUUUCCGAGUGCAUGGUGAUCUGUUUCUCUUGACGUGCAGAUUCUAAUUUAUGCCGUGGCGUCGGCGCGCCUUGCUGCACAUAGUGUGUCAAGAACUGCCAACUUUCUGUUUUUUUUUGUUUUUUUUUAAGUUUAAUAAUUGUGGGUUGUAACAUUUGAAUGUGAUUAAUGCUUGUCAAAAUUAGUUACUUUUUCUUGCUUUUUUUUUUUUUUUCAGGCAAUUAUUUUAUUGUUGAGCCAUACUGUCUGACAUUUGAGGCUCUGACUUUAGAUGCAGCUUGGUGUAAUUGGGAAGACAGAAACGUUCUGUGGCCGACCUGAGGCUUGCUUGCUUUGAAGCAUUGUUCGUUGCGUGGUGUGAUUAAUUUCGAUGCGGCCAUUCAACAUAUCAUCACCAGUAUCGUCUGUGCACAUAGCUCACAGUCACCGCCAUCUUGUUCGCUGCAUACAGUCACCACUAUCACACCAUCACAAGUGCACCAUGGUCGUGUAUUUCCCCAGAAAGCAAAAGUGAUUAAGCUAUGAUUCGAGGUUGCUGUACCGUGCGUUGCCUGUGAACUGAACUUUGUAAGUGGUUGCUCCUAGUUCUUACUUUUUUUUCUACCCCCAAUGCGUUUCUAAGUUCCUUAAGGUUUCAAUCUCUUUGUUUGUUUCAGCCAAUUCACUUCCCUCUACGUUGAUGGUGCAGUCGAUGGUACAAACUAUCUAGUGAUAAAUUACUAGGCACCUUAUAACUUUUGGCAUCUGCCUACUUACCUGAAACAAUUAGAACGGGAGGUGAACGAACAUGUAAUUUUUGAUCAAUGCCGCUUCACGAGUACUUGUGUAAGGCCAAAAUCAACCUUGAUUGUAAAGAUACGUUUGGGUUUGUAGCUCAUGUUGAGGUGCCAUUAAGUUACAGGGCCUGUAGCGUUAAUAGCCGAUCGCAUGGAUGACAUUUUCGCCUAAUAGGCAGCCUAUACUUAACGGGACCAAAAGUUUGAAACUUUAGCUGUAGCACGACCUUAAAACUAAUGGUAUUUUGAGAGACGCAAAAUGUGUAAGAUAGAACCUUUUGUUUUAAUGCAUUGUAUAGUGUACUCUUUUCUUCUAGUUCUAUCACUUGGCUCCAAGUCAUCUAUCAACUUACAACUGCUGAUUGGCAUUAACCAUCAGUUGUUUGCAGAUGCUGCAAAGUACACAUAUGUCUACUAAAAAAGAUGAAUACUUACGGAUGAAGUGUUGCGAUUGUAUGUUGAGUUGGUUAUUUGCCAAGUAUGUCAGCAUCAUUGGGUUUGUCAUGUGUCUUCUCUAAGACAAGCCCAACAGGUUUUGCAAGGUUUUUCCUUUGAUUAUAGAACCAGUAUGGGCUAGUUUGAUUUCAACCAAACGUCACAGAAUCAGUCAUUCGUUCGCAAAGUCAAUCUCUAAAUAUUCUAAGCCUAUGGUGCUUUAUGUUAUUCUACUCAAUUGUCAAUGAGCUAUUGCUGAACAUCAAAAUGUGUUUUCAAAACAAUUUUGAAGCUAAAUGUUCCUUUUACCUAUGCUCUAUUUUUUUUUUUCGGUCACUACUGUGCUGUCAUUUGAAUGUGAGUGGCACCACAAACCAGAACAGACGACCAUUACAUGAAUACGGAAGUGACACUAAGCAUUGGUGUCGGGAAAUUCUAUAUGCCAUCCUAAUUCGUUUUUAGCACAGCUCCAUUCUUGCGGAAACAUGUCUCGCUACGCAUCAAAAAUCAAAAUGCCAUCCAAGAUUUUUAAUGAAUUCAUCCAUUUUCGCAUGUGCAUAGAUAUGAAACAUUGUACAUUAUGUAUGUUUGUUUGUUUUCGUUUCAACUGUUCUGAUUUCUUCAUUUGUUGAAGGAUGCUAGUCAUUGCACAUGUCUGUGUCGGCAAAGAGUCAAGCCUCGUUAUACAAUGCAGGGUGCAAGGAGAGUAUGACCACUACUACAUUUUUUUUUUUUUAACUCUACAGGGUGAAUAUUUUGUUAAUGUUGCGCCAGCCUAUUGGCCUCAUGAACAUAACUUUCUUCACUUGUGUGCGUCGUCGGCUUUCGCAAAGAUGGCAUCCAGUGGCGGACAACUGCCUUAUUUUCUAAAUAUUGAGAUGUUGACUUGACAGUAGAAAUAUUUUAUUGGACACUUGUCAGAAUGGUCGAAAUCAAGAAAGUAAAUAAAUGGCACUUGGUGCAGCUAGGGCCAUUUAUUUCUGACAAAUUAAUUGCAUUGGAGGACAAUUUCUCUAUGUCAUGAUUGUCUCAAAAUGGAAGCUCAGCUGCUGAAGCAUGCUUCAGUUAUACUGACUUGGAGGGUACCCAGCCCACUGGAAAAUAUCAUUCCCUCUUUUUCUUCAAAUUCAUGACAGACACGACCGCCGAAACUUUAAGAACAUUGUUUGCCAUCCAACUAGUCUUUGGGAAAAUGACAACGGACAUCCUCAAAAAUCUUAAUUUUAACCGACGGCGCACUUCAAUUAAUCUACCUUGUUCGUUGGAAGCGACAGUUUCAUUUACGGCAUUAAUUGUAUUCAACAUUUUGUCUUUUUCGUCUCUGAUGCGACUUUUUUUUUUUAUGAUCUGGUUGUUCCUGCCUCUCCGGUGUGGCUACAUUUAUUCACUUGUUUGUGUGCCGAGUGAGAUGCAGUCGGGAGGGCCACCGACAUUCUGAAUGUCUUUCCGACGUCCCUCUAACGUCCCUAGAACAUCCAACAUCCCUGGAACGUCCCGAGUGUUUCUGCGACGUCGGUGGUUAUUUUCCAUUAUCUCCAGUUGCAAGUAUUUCAUUAAAACCGGCCAUAAGUAGAAAUCUUUUUUUGCCUGAAAGCAGCGCAUAACGUUGUACGCUUAUCUCCCUCCCCCUCUGAAAUAUUUGUCACCCACUUUCGCACCACUGAUACACCGCUCGGUGCACUGCGCCUGGGCGCAGCGUUUGCAGGAAACUUGCAAAGAAAAAAGAAAAGUUAUUUUUGACACUGUCUGUAUAAAAAGAAGACGGUCAUAUUUGAUGAUGAUGAUGACUGCGGUCUGUCUCCUUAGCUCUGCCCCCCCCCCCCCCCCCCCCCCCCCCCCCCCCCCCCCCCCCCCCCCCCCCCCCCUUCUCUGAAGAAAACCCCAAUAGGUCCGUUGACAGCCGCUGCCGAGAAAUGUAACGCACAGUGCUUUUGAAAUGGCGAGAUUUUAACUUGAUAUUUUCUAAUAUAUGAAUGUUUAUCUUUUUUCUGUGAAAUAAAACAGAAGUAAAGAAAUCAUUUGUUUCCUGGGAUAUUUCUUGAAACGGCCGGGGCUUCCUCAUUACUUUAGCCUUGCACCCAGCCACGUUGUCCCCCUAUCCGGUAUGCGUUCCGAACAAAAAACGAGAUUACAACCCC